GCGGGAUACGUUCCGGGAAGGCUGCUUUUUCGCUCCCCCUGUGUGGAGAAGUUGGAGACGCCCAAGUCCCCACGGAAGGCCUACAGCUAUGUCGUCUGGGGACUCAAGGUCUGGUAGACAGGACGGGGCCCCGCGUGCGGCCGCAGCGCUCUGUGGCCUGUACCACGAGGCCGGCCAGCAACUACAGCGCUUGAAGGAUCAGCUGGCCGCGCGUGACGCCCUCAUCGCGAGCCUCCGCACCCGCCUCGCGGCGCUGGAAGGGCACACGGCGCCGUCACUCGUGGACGCACUUCUGGAUCAGGUGGAGCGCUUCCGUGAGCAGCUGCGACGACAGGAGGAAGGCGCUUCGGAGACCCAGCUGCGGCAGGAAGUUGAAAGACUUACGGAGCGUCUAGAGGAAAAAGAGAGGGAGAUGCAACAGCUGAUGAGCCAGCCUCAGCAUGAGCAAGAGAAGGAGGUCGUCUUGCUUCGGCGAAGUGUGGCAGAAAAGGAGAAAGCCAGGGCCGCCAGUGACGUUCUGUGCCGCUCCUUGGCUGAUGAGACCCACCAACUGCGAAGGACAUUGGCAGCCACUGCCCACAUGUGCCAACAUCUGGCCAAAUGUCUGGAUGAACGACAAUGUGCACAGGGAGACGCUGGGGAGAAAAGCCCUUCUGAGCUAGAGCAUACAAGCAGCGAUGCUUCUGGCCAGAGUGUUAUUAAGAAGUUACAGGAAGAAAAUCGACUGUUAAAACAGAAGGUGACUCAUGUAGAAGACCUCAAUGCUAAGUGGCAGCGUUAUGAUGCAAGUAGGGACGAAUAUGUGAAGGGGUUGCAUGCCCAGCUAAAGAGGCGGCAGGUCCCUCUGGAGCCUGAGCUGAUGAAGAAGGAGAUUUCCCGGCUUAACAGACAGUUGGAGGAGAAAAUAAGUGACUGUGCAAAAGCAAACCACGAGCUGGCAGCUGUGAGGACGUCCCGGGACACUGCGCUGGAGCGAGUGCAGAUGCUAGAGCAGCAGAUUCUUGCUUACAAGGAUGACUUCAAAUCAGAAAGGGCAGAUCGGGAACGAGCUCACAGUAGGAUUCAAGAGCUGGAGGAAAAGAUCAUGUCCUUGAUGUACCAAGUGUCCCAGAGACAGGACUCCCGGGAGCCAGGACCCUGUCGGAUUCAUACGGGGAACAAAACUGCCAAGUACUUAGAGAUGGAUGCAAUGGAGCAUGUGACCGCUGGCGGCUGGAGGCCUGAGUCUAGGUCCCAACAGAUGGAACCUUCUGCAGAGGGUGGGCAUGUGUGCACAGCCCAGAGAGGUCAGGGUGACCUUCAGUGCCCUCAUUGCCUGCGGUGCUUCAGUGAUGAGCAAGGCGAGGCAUUCCUCAGGCACCUGUCUGAGUGCUGCCAAUGAGCCAGAGACACUGUGCCCGUGUGACCCAUGACCACCAUAGCUGCUCGUAAGGGAUUGGGAGGGGUCCUCAGACUCAGUUUUCAACUCAGUGUGUUGCAUUCUCCUGGGAUCUAGGGCCCAAAUGGAAGGUCAUCUUGUUUUCAUUUGACCAUGGUGCAGACUGGGUCAGAGGGAACUAUUGACAGAGCAGGAGGAAGAGGUGGGGUCAGGGACAUCAGGUGGACAUCAGUUUUGUUUCUCAUGUGGAGUUUGGAUCAAGUUGUCAAUUCAGAGCUGCAAGCUAUCAGUUGUGGGAGUGUUCCGAAGCCUGCUUGCACCUAGCGUUACACCACUUGCUGGAAGGGGAAGUCGCUGUGGGAGCAGUGUGUCCUCUUUCCAGGGUGGUAGCUCCAUCCUGUCGAGUAGUGAGAUACACGCCCUGACUGGUCUGUGCUGCAUUACAGUUACAGGAUACACUAGAACCUUCCCAAACUCAGCAGAGCCACACAGCUGCAUCCAGUACCAUCACCUUGGAAAAACACUUGUAUUGCCAAAAGGGAAAGCACCUUUCUUUCCUAAUCAUUUAUAUUUAUAAUAAAUGGCUUUACUACUGU